AUGGGCAGAUUGCCAGAAUUCAGCCCACUUGAAGCCAGCCUCAUUGCAAAGCUCGUUUGCGCUGCACCGUCAAAGACUCGCCACGCGCCAAUCAAUGCAUCAUACUGCCGGCGCAAUUGCCUGUCAGAUGGCCAGGUCAAGCAGCGAAUCGCUUUGCCCACAAGGACAGCGCUGCCAGGGCACCAGACACCAAGAACUCAUGCAUUUGCAGAGCAUUUCGUCUUGGCCGGGCAGCUGGUAGAGUUGUCGCGAAAAUUGCAGGGCAGAUUACCUUGGCGUGUUGGCAGCGUGCUGAAAUUUUUGCCAGACAUUCUAUCUCGAGCGCGCAGGGCGUGUAUCUUCUCGGAUGUGUUGCAGUUGCAUGUGUCCAAGACAUGCUGCAGGGCAUUGCGUUUGCAUGCUAGCAGCGUCCGAGAUGCAUUCCAGGAUUUGGCGCGCAACGUAUUUCAGCCACUGUGUACUGGCAGAGUUGUCGCAGAACCCGGUGAAAAUUGUAGCGCAGAUUACCUUGGCGUGCUGGCAGACUUCCAGAUACUUCCAUCUCGCGCGCGCUCGCGGGGCGUGUAUCUUUUCGCAUGUGUUGCAGUUGCAUGUGUCCAAGACAUGCUGCAGGGCAUUGCCCUUGCAUGCUAG